AUGUGUGUUCGAUUUUUUUUUGUGAAUUUUGGACUAUAAAAAGUUUAUAAACUAUUUUAAUGUUAUUCAUUCGAAUCAUUUUGAUGUGUAUAGUCAUAUGUGGAUAAAAAAAACCAAUGUGUAAAAUUCAAAUUCCAAUCAUGACAAACAUAUUUGAUCGUUUUAAGUAUUAUCAUCAAUUUGAACAAUUAUUAGAUCAAACAAAUUAUCGAUGGCGUAUUCUGGAAUUUUCGGUGCUUUUAUUUAAUACAAUUCGUUUCAUGUUUUAUGUAAUACUUACAUUCAUUGGUGAAUCCAUUGUAUAUCGAUAUUGUCCACAGGAUACAACCGCUGCACCAUUAUUUCAUUAUUAUGAACAUAUGAAAAACGGAACGUCGAUUAAUAUUGUUGAUUGUCGAAGCACAGCGAUUAUCCUUUGUACAUUUCUAAUGUUUAUUCUACAUAGUGAAUAUAUGUUAUUUUUGACCAAUCACGAUUCAAUUACUUGGCAUCUAUUAUACGAUAUUUCCAAUAGAAAUUAUGAUAAUUAUCUUAAAUCAAUAAUAAAUUUGAAAAAAAUUGAUUCAAUCCGUUCGGUGUUUCGAAUGAUAUUCCCUGAUAAUCAUAAAUAUCCAAUGAAUACUGGUAAUGAUGAUGAUGAUAAAUUUAAAAUGACAAUAAUGAUGAAGAUGAAUAAUCGACAGAAUUUUCUAAAUAAAUAUUUCAAUCAUCUUAUCAUGAAUGUUGAUUUACUAAAAUUUCGAAAAUCCAAAUUAAAUGUAUUCAAUUACUGUGGCAUUGAAACACGUAUCUAUCUUGUAUUUACAAUGAUUUUGUUACAUUUAAUUGAUGUUUUCCUUAUGAUUUUGGUUUAUUUGACAAUAACAAUUAGUAGUUGGAAAUAUUAUCAAUUUAUAUCGGAAAAUAUGGCUGAUUUAUGGCCAAUGGCCAUAUUUGAUUGCAUGUCAUUUAUAUAUUGUGGACAUAUUUUCUUCAGGAAUGCAUCACUUUAUUUUAAUUUUUCAUUAAUCAGUGUUGUAUUCUAUGCAUCACAUAUGAACGACUGGAAAGAAAAAUUUCAAAAAUUAAUUCAACAAAAAACAAAUUAUUCAAAGAUGACUAAAUUAUAUUUAGAUUAUCAACAUAUAAUAAAUUGGCAACGAUUCCAGCGACAACAUCGUCAUAUUGUCUAUUGUCUCGUGAAUAGUGGACGUAUUACAUGGAAUAUUAUAUUCUUUAUGGGCAUUCCGGCUAAUCUACCAAUGAAUAUUCUGUUUAUGUAUAAAUUAAUAUUCGUACGAAAUUCAAUGAAGGAACAAUUAAUGUAUAUCGGAUUCUUAACAUUUCAAAUGCUUGUAUUAUCAAGUAUAAUACAUAUUGCUGCCAUGAUGAAUUCUUCUGUGCAUCAAUUUAAGCGACAAUUGCCAGGCUUACAGAUUUACACGAAACAACCGCGUAUUAAAUGGCAAAUCUUAGAAUACUAUGAACGUUUAACCGAUAAUCGUAAUGGUUUCGGUUUAUAUUUUGGUGGUAUUUCGGUUAUUGAUUAUAAUAAUUCUUUUCAGUUAUUGAUAUCGUAUUUUGGACUCAUGUUGAUCAUGUUUAAAACAUUCAUUAAUAAUGCUGCUGUCUAA